CACCCCCCACCUCCCGCCUCCGAGCCAACAGCUGUGGGACGCCCCCACCUUAGUAUAGUGCUCGGUGGUCAUUCUCUCCUCAGAGCCCCUGAUCAGACAGCUCUGGGACAUUACACAGUGACUGGUCAGACAGACCCUUUGCCCCCUCCCAAUCCUGCAAACAGCGCUGUGAGACACUCCCUCUCCCAGCAAACAGCCCUGUGACCCCUCCUCCCCAAAACCCUAAGCUAACAGCCCUGGAAUUCCCCCACCUUGGGCUAAGGGACUUCCAGCCUCCCCCCGCCCCAGGACUUUGGGUAAACAACCCCUGUGACGACCCCACCCCCCACUACCUCCCAAGUAGCCCUAUAACCCCGACCCCAAGCACACUGGACAGCUCCCGUGAACUGCCUCCGUCUCCCAUUGGAUUAGAGAGUGGUGACCCAUCAGACCCUCAAGAGAGAGCACCCAGAUUCUAAAACCUCCCUGUGCCUCCCUAUUUGCCCCCCAUCCCUCUUUCACAUACAGGACGCAUCCACCCAGACCAGGCAGCCUUUGUCUUCUCUCACCCACUCUGCUUAGAGAAUUUCCAUUCCCCCUACCUAGACAGUACCUGGUAACUGGACCCCAGUGACCUCUCUCACCUCACAUGUCCUGAUGACCAGGCUUCAGCAAAUAUGUUCCUCCUGAUGAUGACUACCAUUCCCUUAAGCCUUUCCCCUUUAGAACUUUUCCAGUUGCUCUUUCCUCUAAGCCUCCCACUGUGAUAUUCCAGUCACCCCACCAGUGACACUAUGCAACACCAGAGUGGUUGCCGAGGUAUCUGGCUUCUGCCCCUGUCCCUGUUCCUGUCUAGCCUUGGGGUGGCCAGAACUGGGCGCUCCCUUCUCAGCUGUCCUAUAGCCUGUCUUUGUGCCAGCAAUAUCCUCAGCUGUACCAAACAAGACCUGAAUAAUGUUCCACAGUCUCUACCCCGCUACACGGCGCAACUGGAUCUUAGCCACAACAACUUGACCCACCUUCGGGCACAGUGGACCUCCGUACAUCUGACCCAUCUUCGCUCGUUGUUCCUCAGCCAUAACAAGUUACACUUCAUCUCCACGGAGGCCUUCUCCCCCGUGCCCAAGCUACGCUACCUGGACCUCUCCUCCAAUCAUUUGCGGACCCUGGAUGAGUUCCUGUUCAGUGAACUUCAGGAGCUGGAGGUAUUGUUGUUGUACAACAAUCACAUCGUGGAGGUAGACCGGAGCGCCUUCGAUGACAUGAUCCACCUCCAGAAACUCUACCUGAGCCAGAACCAGAUUGCUCGCUUUCCUUUAGAACUGGUCAAGGAUAAGUCCAAGCUGCCCCAGCUCACCCUCCUGGAUCUAUCUUCUAAUAAACUGAAGCUGUUGCCCACAUCUGACCUGCAAGACCUGCCAGCCUGGAUGAAGAAUGGACUCUACCUGCAUAACAACUCCAUCACCUGUGACUGCGAGAUCUACAAACUUUUCACACACUGGCACUAUCGCCAACUGAGCUCGGUGGUGGACUUCCAGGAGGAUCUAUACUGCAUACAUUCCAAGAAGACGUUCAGUGUCUUCAACGUGAGCAGCGUCCUGAACUGCAGCGAGUUCAAGGAGUGUGCGUUUGAAGCCCACCUGGGUGAAACCUUGACCAUUAGCUGUGACACCAAGCAGCAGGGGAUGACGAAGGAAUGGGUGACGCCAAACAAUGAAAGAGUACUCAAUGAGGUGGGCAAUGGCUCGAUGACGGUGUUAGGAGAUGGUAGCCUUCAGCUCCGGCAGAUUCGGGUUGAGGACCAGGGAUUGUACACCUGCUAUGCUAUAGGGGAGGUGUUCAAUGAAACAUUGUCUGUGGAGGUGAAGGUCCACAACUUCACCCAGCACAGACCUCAUGACACUCUCAAUACGGCCUAUACCACUCUGGUGGGCUGUAUCCUCAGUGUGGUCCUGGUCCUGAUCUAUCUGUACCUCACCCCAUGUCGCUGCUGGUGCCGUGCUGGGGAGAGACCCGCAAGCCAUCAGGGAGAUAGUCUCAGCUCUUCCAUGCUUAGCACUACCCCAAACCAUGAUCCAAUGGCUGGUGGUGGUGGCAAGGACAGUGGUUUUGACCGUCGAGUGGCCUUCCUGGAACCUACAGGACCUGGGCAGGGCCAAAAUGGCAAACUAAAGCCUGGCAACACCCUCCCUGUACCUGAGGGGGCCAAAGGCCAGAGGAAAAUGUCUGAUCCAGAAUCAGUCAGCUCAGUCUUCUCUGAUACACCCAUUGUGGUGUGAGUAGGGUGGGGUUGAUGGGAAGAUCCCCUGGAAAGAGGUAAUGGCAAUCUCCAAAGGAUGUAAGGGGAAAGAAGAGGGCUGCCUGAGGGUGUGGGUUUCCCCUGACCUCAAGGGAAAUGUGCACAGAUGCAACAACGGGCAAGAAGCCCCACCUCCAUCCCUGGCUGUAGAAGAUUUUCACAUAUGGAUCUGUAACUCUCAGGCAAAUGCUGCACCCCUAUCCAAAGUUCUAGCAAGUACAGCUGAUGGUGAAGGAACAUGUCUAACUAAGACAGGUGGGUCUGGUGGGAAGUAGAUUCCCUAAGCUUUUAUCACGUCAUCUUUGGCCCCAUAAGAGUGUGGUCAUUAUCCAAGCAUUUGAAAGAAAAAUGGGAUUUUUUUUUCAAUGUCUUCUUCUACCUCCACCUAGGGAUUUGGGGAGGGAUUUAAAUGGGAGCAGGUUGGGGCAGUUGGCCUAAUACUGGUAGUUUCAGCUGCAGAUAAAUAUCCUCUUUGGUUAGGACCCUACAUCUCAUAGACAGGGGAAUGGGAAACCUUAAAAGAAUGGGGCAGGAACCC